AUGGAUAUCUCAGUUUGAUAGUCAAUAUGCUGUCUCUUUUAUGUUGUUUUUGUCGACCUUUUCUAUGUCCACAUUGUAUAAGUCAAAAUCUACUAAUUUUUCUGAUUCCUACUUUCUUCUCUCUUGUUUUGGCCUGUGUGGGUCUGUGUGUGUGUGGGGAUGAUUUGAUAACUAUGUGUUGUGUAAGUCAACAUCAUGUGUAGAAUGACUUAACCAGUCAGUGGGUUUCGUUGAUUUUGAAAACAAAAGAGAUCCGAAGUUGUUCUCAUUAAGAUCUGAACUUUCUUGCAGGAUUUUUCAGGUGCCCUUUACUUGCUAUUUCUAUCAAGUGGGAGGAUUCAUUUAAGUGGAUUGAAAAUGUAUCUGGUGGAGAGCAAAGGAGGUGCUAUAGGGUGUAUGCUCCUUUCCCUCUUCUUCUUGGGAACGUGGCCUGCCAUUUUGACUCUUUUAGAGAGACGAGGUCGUCUUCCCCAGCACACUUACCUUGAUUAUUCUUUGACAAAUCUGUUGGCUGCUGUAAUUAUAGCUUUCACUUUUGGUGAGAUUGGCAAGAGCACACCUGAGAUGCCCAAUUUCUUAACUCAGCUUUCUCAGGGUGUUUGAUGCAGGAUAAUUGGCCAUCUGUUUUAUUUGCAAUGGCUGGUGGGGUUGUCCUUAGCCUUGGAAAUCUAUCAUCACAAUAUGCUUGGGCUUUCGUUGGUUUAUCAGUGACAGAAGUUAUUACUGCCAGCAUAACUGUUGUUAUAGGUACAACCCUGAAUUACUUUUUAGAUGACAGAAUUAACAAAGCUGAGAUUCUUUUCCCCGGUGUUGCAUGUUUUCUGAUUGCUGUAUGUCUUGGAUCUGCUGUUCACUCAUCUAAUGCGGCAGAUAAUAUAGCAAAGCUCGGCAGUUUAACAAGCAAUAAAAAACUUGCGACAGAGAUAACAGUUACUUCAGCAUCCGAUGAAGCAUUUGAAGGAGGAAAGGAUCUGGAGAAUGGAAAUGCUAAUGUAGAGAAGGCAAAAUUUGGAACGGCAGACUUUCUUGUGGAGCUCGAGAACCGGAGAGCAAUUAAGGUGUUUGGCAAGAGUACCAUUAUCGGACUGGCUAUAACCUUCUUCGCUGGUGUUUGCUUCUCUCUUUUCUCACCCGCAUUUAACUUGGCUACAAAUGACCAGUGGCACACUUUGGAAACAGGGGUGCCCAAGUUGGUUGUGUAUACUGCAUUUUUCUACUUCUCCGUCUCAUGUUUUGUGAUCGCCAUCAUUCUCAAUAUCACCUUCCUUUACCGUCCUGUACUGAACUUACCAAGAUCAUCAUUAAAGGCUUAUUUGAAUGACUGGGAUGGAAGAAGCUGGGCCCUUUUGGCGGGUCUUGUAUGUGGGUUUGGGAACGGUCUGCAAUUCAUGGGAGGUCAAGCUGCAGGGUAUGCAGCAGCAGAUGCCGUUCAGGCACUUCCACUUGUGAGCACUUUCUGGGGGAUAAUUCUGUUUGGAGAGUACCGGAGAUCAUCAAGACGAACGUAUAUAUUACUCGUCAGUAUGCUGUCUAUGUUUAUUAUUGCCGUGGGCGUUCUCAUGGCCUCAGCCGGGCAUCGAAAAUGAGCAUGCACAUACAAGGUCAUUGUAUAUAUAUAUAUAGUCUUCAAGGAUGUUCAAUUCAAUAUUGAAUAAGCUGGAGAAACAAAAACUUCAUGCAGGUUGGAGAAACAUGAAGAAGUGAUGGUUUCAUAUAGCUGAAAAUGUGUAUAAUAGACAUGCACCGUUUAUUCACAAAAUAACUUUAUUUGUUCAUGAGACAAAUGAUUUCAAUUC